AGGCACCCGCACACGGCCACGGCCCCGCCAGCACAGCCAGAGGUCGCCCGCCCGCGUGCCGCCCUUCCCCUCGCGAGAUGGCGGCCGAGUGCGGCUGCGCCCCGCUCCUGGAGCUGGCGAGGAGCAGGCUGCAGGGGCGCCGCGCUGCGGGCGCCGAGAGGGGCCAGGACCAUCAGGACCCCAAGACCACCCCGACCGUGGCCGACGAGGAAGUCAACGCCCUGGCGAUCGACCGCUCUGACGAGCAGGCCGCGGGCCAAGAGGCCGCAGAGACGAGGGAGCGCCUGGAGGCCGAGGGCGACCGGGCGGAGCUCGAGAGCUUCAAGGAGCAGCUCCACGAGCUCGUCGGCAGGCUCCGCGAGGCCGAGAGCGCCGGCGACGGCCUGAGGCAGCAGCUGGCCGAGGAGCGCCUGCAGUCCGAGCGGCACCGGCAGGACACCAUGGAGCUCCGCGUGAAGGCCGAGGUCCUCCAGGAGCAGCUGGAGUGCUCGACGGUCGAGGUGUCCAAGCUGGCCAAGCUGCAGCGCGAGCAGGCUGGCCUCGUCCUCGAGAUACGCCGCCUGAAGUCCUUGGCCGACGAGCGCGAGGUCGUCUGCCAAGCCCAGGCGCUGGAGCUGGAACGCCGCGCCCUCGCCGCGGCGAUGGCCGUGCAGGGGCCGUUGUCGGACGAGGCGUGCUCCACGCCCGGCGUGCAGGACGACGGCGUGGACAUGGCCGAGCGCUCCGAUGAGGAGAGGGAGGAGGGCACGGCUUCCGAGCUGAGCCCAGAGGGGGCCAGGUCGCCCUCGUCGGGCCAGUGGGAGGAGGCGCUGGCGCUCGCCGAGGCGCGGGCCGCCGAGUUCGAGGAGGGCUGGCGGCAGGCCGAGGCCCGGGCCGCCGAGUUCGAGGAGGGCUGGCGGCAGGCCGAGGCGCGGGCCGCCGAGUUCGAGGAGGGCUGGCGCCAGGCCGAGGCGCGCGCCGCCGAGCUCGAGGAGGGCUGCCGCCAGGCCGAGGCCCGGGCCGCCGCGCUCGAGGAGGGGGCCGAGGAGCUGGAGUCCAAGCUCGAGCGCGCCCGGGACCAGGCCGCCAGCGCCGGCGGCGCACGCCUGGAGGCGCUGCUGCAGCGCGCCGCCCGCGCGGAGGGCCGCGCGGACGCCCUGGCGCAGAAGGUCAAGGAGCUGUGCACGGCGGAGGGCGGCCACAGGCUUCCGCGGGUCCCCGAGGAGUCCCCGGUGACCACCGGCUCCUCGGGCACGUCGGGCGCGUCGGAGCAGGAGGCGGGCGCCGGGCUCGUCCAGUGGGACAGGGCGCCCCACAAGCGCCUCGAGAAGCGGCUGUCCCACGGGGAGCUGCGGGCCGUGCGCCAGCGGCUGGCGGCGGCCGAGGCACGCGCCGCGGCCGCCGAGGCGCGGGAGAUGGCCGCCAGGAGCGACCUGGCGGCUGCACAGGAGGCGGCCGAGGGCGACCGCCGCGCGCUGCGCUGCGAGCUGGAGGAGGUGCGCGCGCAGCAGCGCCAGUGCGCGGAGGACAAGGAGAAGGACCCGGCCGACAAGGAGCGCGGCGACCUCCUGCGCCACCAGCUCGCGCAGACCCAGGAGCUGGUGCAGACCUGGCGGAAGCUCGGCGAGCAGGCCAUGCGGGCCGAGACGUCCCCAGAGCCGGGGCGCGUCAGCCCCCCCGUCUGGCGCCACGCUGCGCCGGCGGGAGCCCCGGAGGCGGCGCUGGGCGCCCGCGGCGUCUCGCCGUCGGCGUCGCAGCGCGCAUUCCUCCAGGCAAGCCCGCAUCAGGUGGCGCGCGAGCCCCGGGCGUCCGGCGCGCCGGGCUCGCUCCACGCCAGCCCCGUGCAGAGCGCGCGCGAGCCCCGGGCGUCCGGCACGCUGAGCGCGCUGCUGAGCACCCCGUCCGUGGUGCGCGUGACCACGCUGCGGCACUGCACGCCGCCCAGGGGCACCGUGGCGGGGGGCUCCACGCGCUGACCAACGGGCUCCAUGCGCUGACUGGCCGGCGCUGGCGCGGCAGUGGGCGCCCGCGCGCUCACACGAUCGUGUGCAUGCUGAGGGCCCUUGCGCUGUUACAGACUGACGAAUUUUUGUAUUGUUCCUGUUCUAGUCCGCAGCGUCGUGGGCAGGGGCGAGUGGUCAAGGUGUUGCUCUUCUUCCAGCACCCCUGCCGUCACCCUCGCUCCGUCCCUACUCGCCUCACGUAUUCUCUUCAAUCCUGACAUGUCCCCCGCUCUCCUUCUCAGCCUUCCCGGAUCGGAGGGCGUCGCAAUGGGGCACGCAUGCACCAGGCCGACGUUCCCCAGCGCUGCCAGUCACAGAAUACUUAGGCGUGAGCCUCAGGUUCACCGACUUCUGCCGUAAUUGAGUUUGCGCAUGCUUUAGCCGCGUCCCGCCUCACCUCGUGUGAGUCCUCACCGCUCCUCCCUCGCCCCUCCGCCUUCCCUCCAGAAUCCCCAUGCCUCCCUGUCCCCCUGCGCGCUGUGGCGGGAAAGCGCGGCUGGUCCAUGUAUCGCGCGGCCGCCGCACCAAGGGGCCCCAAUUAGCUGCAUGCCCUGCGCCGCACAAAUUCAGCACUUGCCUCUUAGGCUGCCGGGCGCCGCUGCCACCCACCUCCGUCACCUCGACCUAUGCCUUCCUCCGCCCUCCCGCCCUCCCAGAGGGCGUCCUCCGCCGCCCCCCCCCGGCGGGCACGAAUUCGCCAAGAGGUGCGCCCGGUGCACCGCCAGAGGCCGCGUGGGCUCAACUGCUGCUGACACCUGCCCGGUGGCCAUGGGGCGGUGCACGCGCGCACGGGCGCCAGCGGGCCAGCGCCGCCCGACCUCUGGGCUCCCUCCGCGCGGCGGCCCGCGGGAUGCCCCCUCGCCCUCCCCCUCCUCCUCCUCCUGCUCCU